CCCGCCCCCGGAGCCAGCCCGCGAAGCCCGCGGCCAGGGCGGCGCAGACCGGCCCAGCCACUCGCCCAGGCUGUGCGCCGGGACGCGCUGCCGCCACCCCUGCCGCCGCGUCCGCCCCUCGGCCCCCGGCCCCCGGGGCUCGCGGAGCGAAGGAAUCUACCCCUGGGCAGAGAGGGGCUGACCACACUCAAGACACAACCUGUCCCUUCCCUGUUCUGAGACCGAACACCUACGGGGCCUUCCCUGGGGCCAGGAGGCAGGCCCCAGGGAGAGAACAGCCAUGGGCCUUCCACAGCCGCAGCCUUUGGGGGUGACACCUUAGGAGCGCAGGGGGCGAGGGGGACAGCUUUCGUGCACCCCCUUCUGCAGGGAAGGAGGGAGCUGAGACGGGGACCCCGAGCCCAAGCCCCGGGCAGGGGCAUGGACCAGCAGCUGUGAAGAGCCAGAGCUGAUGCCAGGUCCCCAGGGGGCAGGAAGAGCCCCCGCCAUGAGCCUGGGCAAGCUCUCACCCGUGGGCUGGGUGUCCAGCUCGCACGGGAAGAGGCGGCUAACGGCAGACAUGAUCAGCCCCCCGCUUGGGGACUUCCGCCACACCAUGCACGUGGGCCGUGGCGGGGAUGUCUUCGGCGACACCUCCUUUCUCAGCAACCACGGGGGCAACUCGGGGAGCACUCACCGCUCACCCCGAAGCUUCCUGGCCAAGAAGCUCCAGCAGGUGCGGCGGGUGGGGGCGCCGCCCCGGCGGAUGGCCUCCCCACCCGCACCCUCCCCUGCUCCACCCGCGGUCUCCCCGAUCAUCAAGAACGCCAUCUCCCUGCCCCAGCUCAACCAGGCCGCCUACGACAGCCUCGCGGUGGGCAAAUUCACCUUCGACCGCAGUCCUGCCAGCUCCAUGGACGGCCGCUCCAGUUACGGCGUGGACUCUGGGUUCUGCACUAUCUCCCGCCUGCCUCGCCAGGAAAAGCCUCGUGACCGAGACCGUGAUAGUACCUUCCCCCCGGAGUCUGGGCUUCACCGCUCUGACUCCCUCCUGUCCUUCCACCUGGACCUCGACCUUGGCCCAUCUCUCCUCAGUGAGCUGCUUGGGGUCAUGAGCCUUUCAGAAGCCUCUGCAGCUGAGACCCCACCCCCCACCACAAGCCCCCCGGCCCCUGCCACCAGUCCUCCAGCCCCUGCUUCAAGCCCCCAACCCCUUGGACACUGCCCCAAUGGGGUAACUACUGGGUUGGGCCCAGCAGCUGAGAUGAGGGCCAGCCCGGUGGAAGAGUAUCCCCGUGCACCUGCUCACAUGGCCCCUGGCAGGCACUGGGGAGCAGGCUGGGGAGACAGGAACAGGGACAGGCAGGACAGCCGCCACCACACUGAGAUAGAUUCCUGGCCAGAGCCCAGGAAGGUGCUUCCCCAGGCUCGGGCUUCUUGGGAGAGCCUGGACGAAGAGUGGGGGGCUCCCCAGGCAGCCAGCAGGACCCCCGUGCCCAGCACAGUGCAAGCAAACACCUUCGAGUUUGCUGAUGCUGAGGAGGACGAUGAAGUCAAGGUGUGAGCUCAGGACCCUGCCUGGGCCCAGGGCGCCGCCCAGGAACAGCCCAGGUGCAGAGCCUGCACCUGACAACUAGGUCUCCCGGUGAUUGAUGGGAGAGCCGAGUCGCCCCCCAGCUCCUCCGCACCUCUGCAGGACAGACGAGGGAGGGAGGCCGGAGGAGACCAGGCUCAUUCUGGGUCCUGCUGGGCUGCCUUGCCCUGUUCCCCCUGCCACUCUGGACCCACAGCCAUUCCUGAGGCCCACCCCCACCCCUGUGCCACCCCCCCCCCCCCCCCCCCCCCCCGCUGGUUGUGGAGGGCCCAGCCUCACAGUGCAGCCUUUGUGCUGGAAAAACUGUCCUUGGUGGGGGUAGAAGGGGGGGCAGCGGGGUGCAUACCACACAGGGCCUUUGUCUCCUCUCCCAAAGGGACCGCCUGUCCCUAGCUUCAUCCUAGAGCUGCCCCCAGCAGGGUCCCUGCUGCAUGCCCCAGAGCCCCAGCCCUUGCCUAAGGCUGCUUCCCUGACAUUACAAACCUAACCCCUGACUUAUCCCAAAAGUCUCAGAGAAAAGUCAGGUGUGACCUCACAGGGGAGGAAUCCCACCUUCCUGUGCACCCCAGACCCGCUUCUGGGUCCUGAUUAAAAAAAAGCUUUUU